AAACAGCAAAAGAAGAAGGUAAUCGCCGGUGGAGGGAAGUUUAGUUUGUUUUGCUAGCUGGCUGAAACGGCUGAGUGAUUGUAGUUUGUACGUGGUUCAUUAACAGUGAUGAGUGCAGAGGACACCAGGAGAGGUUCGUGGAGGGGUGGGGGGAGAGGAUGGAGAGGUGGUGGGGGUGGAUGGAGAGGACGGGGCGGUUGGAGGAGUAGACCGUGGAGAGGAGGAUCAGCUGCAUCCAGAGGAGGAAGAGGCUCAGGAGGAUGCUUUGGUGGUGGAUGUGGAGCAGGAGAAAAUCCAAACAUUAGCUCUCAGAGAGCACCCCUCCAGACAACUCUAGAUGCUCUGUGUCCCUAUAAAGGAUGGACACUCUACUUCACAGAAGGCUUCAUACAGAGCUCCCCCAGUGUGGAGAGGAUCAAAGUGUUUGAGAAAUAUUUCACUUCCAGGAUUCACCUCUAUGACAAAGAUGAGAUUGAGCGCCAGGGCAGCGUGCUGGUGGAUUACACAGACUUAACAGGAGACCAGGUUGUGUGUAAAGCACUUCCUGACAUAAUCACAGAGCUGAAAGAGCAGCCUGAGGUGAUGCUGAACUGUUUGGGAGUGGCUAUUCACCAGGUGUUGACCACAGAUUUGGAGAAGCAAGCUGCUGAGCUGCAGGAAGAAGAGCUUCCUGUUGCUACGCCGAUCAUCAACAUACCUCAUAUUAUUGUGAGGUUGUAUAACUAUGAGCCGCUGACUCCGCUGCGAACGCUGCGUGCUAGCGUGUUUGGACAUCUGGUUUCUGUGAAGGGAACUGUGGUCAGAGUGAGCAACAUCAGACCUCUGUGCACCCGGAUGGCUUUCAAGUGUCAGACGUGCACAAAAGUGGUGUCUCUGCCGCUGCAGCACGGAAAGUAUGCAACACCUACCAAAUGUAUCCAGCCUGGUUGUCGCAGUCGUUCUUUCAUCCCCAUUCGCAGUUCUCCCCUCACACAAACUGUAGACUGGCAGAUCAUCAAGGUGCAGGAGCUGAUGGGCGGAGAGCAGAGGGAGACGGGACGAAUCCCCCGCACUGUGGAGUGCCACCUGACCUCUGACCUCUGCGACAGCUGCGUCCCGGGUGACACCAUCACCCUGGCAGGGAUAGUUAGAGUGAUCAACGACGGCAGCUCCAGAGGAAACAAAGAUCAGUGCAUGUUUCUGCUCUACAUCGAUGCUACCUCAGUCAGCAAUACUAAAGGCCAGCUGUCCAAGUCUGGAGGUGAAACUUCAAGAGGGUCACUUGAAGGUUGCCCAGGGGGGGAGGAGUUCAGCCUGAAGGAGCUUUAUGCUGUUCAGGAGAUCCAGUCACAGCCGGACUUACUACGACUAAUUGUCCACUCUUUGUGCCCUGCCAUCUACGGACAUCUGCUGGUGAAGGCUGCUCUAGCUCUAGUGUUGUUGGGAGGCCGACAGAAACACACAGACAAGAACAGCGUCCCGGUGAGAGGAGACCCUCACAUCCUGAUAGUGGGAGACCCCGGACUGGGAAAGAGUCAGAUGUUACAGGCGGUGUGUAACGUGGCUCCCAGGGGGAUCUAUGUGUGUGGGAAUAGCACCAGCACCACAGGACUAACGGUGAGUUUGUCCCGAGACGCAGGAACAGGAGACUACGCUCUGGAAGCAGGAGCCUUAGUGUUGGCUGACCAAGGUCUAUGUUGCAUCGAUGAGUUUGAUAAGUUGGGGCAUCAGCAGCAGGCUCUGUUAGAAGCCAUGGAGCAGCAGUCUGUGAGUCUAGCUAAGGCUGGUAUCGUGUCCUCUCUGCCGGCCAGAACGUCUGUGGUGGCUGCUGCCAACCCCGUCGGGGGGCACUACAACAGAGGCAAGACGGUGUCUGAAAAUCUGAAGAUGGGUUCAGCUCUUCUCUCCCGCUUUGAUGUUGUGUUCCUCCUCCUGGACAUCCCAGAUGAGUCACAUGACCGGCAGCUGUCGGAGCACGUGAUGGCAAACCGGGUGGGAAAAGGCAGAACCAGCAGCGCCACAGUCACCAGAAGCAGCCAUGAGUUAGAGACCUCCAUCCUGCUACAACACACAGCCAUGCCUCUGUCUGAACGUUUACAGAUUCCAGCUGGCGAAUCGGUCGACCUGAUUCCAGCGUGCUUGUUGAGGAAGUACAUAAGCUACGCUCGUCAGUACGUCCAUCCCUCCCUCUCCCCUGAAGCGGCUCAAACCCUUCAAGACUUCUAUCUGUCACUGAGAUCUCAGUCCAACUCUGCUGACGCCACGCCCAUCACCACACGGCAGCUGGAGUCUUUAAUCAGGCUGACGGAGGCAAGAGCCAAGUUAGAGCUUAGAGAGAUGGCUAUGAAGAAUGAUGCGGAGGAUGUGGUGGAAAUCAUGAAAUACAGUCUGGCUGACACAUACUCGGAUGGUCUGGGAAAUCUGGACUUUGAACGCUCUCAGCUCGGGGCUGGCAUGAGUCAGCGCAGUGCAGCAAAGCGACUCAUCAACGCACUACACUCGCAUGCUCAGAGGACCAAUCAGAAGCAGUUUGAUUUACAGACACUUCGAUCCAUAGCUGACAAAGUGAACAUAAAGGUGAUGGACUUUCAAGGACUCUUGAGUUCCUUGAAUGAACAGGGUUUCCUUCUGAAGAAAGGGCCAAAGCUGUACCAGCUGCAGACCAUCUAAACACUGACAUCUAAUUAUGUCUAGAACACACAGACUGACAAGGUCAGUGUCUAUUUAUUUAUAAUUAAAAUGAACAAGAGGGGAAAAGACUUUUGGAGGACAUUUCAAACCUGCAACAAGCACAGAUGUGACAAAAAGAAGGGAAAUUAUCAAACUGCUGAAAUCUCAGAAAAACGUAUGUGAGGGGAAAAUGUUUGUAUAAAUUUUUACAUACAAAUGUGUUGUCUUUGUUCCUUGUAACUGGAUUUGUUGUUUCCAUAUUUGCACUUUGACUUUCAUCUAUAAAGCAGGUUCUGUGUGUUUAUUUAAACUUAAUAAAUCUGCUAAACUCUGAUAACUGCUCAUUAAAUGGUUCUGUUUAAGACACAACCAGUUAUAAAACUGUUCCAAAUUGUUUAAAGGAUUAUUUCAGGUCAGGGUUUGAGGGCUUGAGAUUUUUAUUCAUCUUAAAAUCCAGUUUAUCUUUUAGAAUUGUAUGAACAUCAAAUUAAAACCAUUAAAUAUUUUGCUAAUAAAAUUUUUAGUUUUUCGAAUUCUAAAAAUGAGAAGUCUUUUAUUUUGAAACGCAAAAAUGUAUUUAAAUCGUUUUGUAUUAAAUAUAACUGAGGCGGUUCAGGUAUGUUUAUAUUUUAUUUAAUUUGUUAAAUGUAAACUGACGCCGUUGAAACAAAAUUACCUUUUCAAAACAAAAACUGUUUACGACAUCGCCUGCCGGAUCAGUUUACGGCAACAUGGCAGCCUGCUGGCUCGAGCAGGGUUCCUGCCUGAAUCGGUAACUUCAACAUGAUCACGCUUUGAAAUAAGGAGGUGGCAGCGGGUCGGUAGGCUC